CUACACUCAAAGACAAGGGACAGAUCACUCUGUCAGCGAAUGUUGAGAGCCAAUAAAGAAAAGAUAAGCCGAGUGAGUAUUGACCAGGAACCGCGCAGACGACGCGACUCCCCCUAAAACAUCAUCCACUCACCCCCCCUCUCGUGCCUCCAUGGUUAUCUAAUGGGAGUAAUAUAUACACUGGUAUCAACACCUGGGGUUCAAUCAUGUUUCUUUAUUAAAGAAGACCAAACUGUUGAUCUUUAAGAUUUCUUUGUAUCAAUCAAUCAAAUAGUAGCUCUACUAAAGAUGUUCACACGAUGAAGUUUAAAAAGAUCAUGCGAUAUUAACGUGACUUUCACCCAGAUGAUAACGUAAGUGACGCAGUCAAUGACCUCGGAACAAUUGCAACCAUGACACUAGUCAUAAAAUAACUCCGGAGUCAAAAGAGGCGGCCUCGUAAGAAGAAAUAUGGCCAACAGCACCGAGUUACCUAUGUCACCCAGCACACACCUGGCCUUUCUCUUCUCACACCUGAACUACAGCCAAGAUGUCAGCAGCCUGGAGUACGCGCUCAUUGGCUCCGCCCUGGCGGCAGUGGCAGCGGUCGGCACGAUCUUCAACGGCAUGGCUAUCACUGUCUUCUUCCGAUACCGGGAACUGAGAUCUCCAACCAACAGUUUUGUUAUAGCCCUCUGUGUCUGUGACUUCUUUAUGAGCGUCAUUGGUGCCCCUAUCCCAACCUACUACGCCUUCAUGAAUACAUCUAUCACAUCCAGCACGUUGUGCUCGCUGGACGCCUUUACAGUGUAUUUCCUGUCUUGUACCUCGAUAUACCUGCUAGCGGCCAUCUCAGUGGACAGAUAUUUCAUCAUAGUGAAACCCGUGUCGUCACUGGUUAUAACACAGAAAAUUGCUACACUGGCCAUAUUCAUCUGUUUCUCAGUCGGACUUUUCUGGGCAUUGAUGCCUCUUGUGGGAUGGAACGGCUACUCCCUUGAAGGAAUAGGUGUUGCGUGUAGUGUCACCUGGAACCGGCCAGACGUCCUGUUUAACAGUUUUAUCAUUGCCUUGUUCUUGGCCUGUUUCUUGAUACCUCUUCUUGUCAUGGCCUUCUGUUAUCUUAGCAUCAUCUUUACGGUCCGGAAAAUUUUCCGAGGUGCCAUUAUGAAAAAUUUGAAAAAGCAUUACACGAUAGAGUGUCAAAUGAUAAAAACUGUCAUUCUCAUGAUUGUCUUGUUUGCAGUGUCCUGGCUGCCAUAUGCCAUAGUUAGCUUCAGUAUGGCAUUUGGCUCUCCAUUCAACAUGACCAGACUUGUAGAAACAGUUCCAGCAUUGAUAGCCAAAAGCUCUUGCAUUUGGAAUCCUAUUGUGUAUGUGUCUAUGAACAGCCACUUCCGGGCGGGUUUUCUCUCCCUUUUGCCGUGUAUGAAGAAGUCAUUUCCGACAGGGGACAGCAGCAAGGAUGACUAUGACUUGGGAGACAAUCAGUGCUCCAAAAACGCAGACCCUAAAGCUGCUGGUGAAUGUUCAUCAUUUAAACCAGAAGAUUUUGGGAACAGGAAACAAGAUCCGACGAAGCUGGGAUUGUCUUCGGCUGUUACUUCGUUGUACUCCGGGAAAGCCAGUUCCACGACCUCUUUCGUUUCCGCGGACUCGGAUAAGUCAUCCUACCAAUCCCCUAGUGAGAAUCCUCUCCUGGGAAAAGCUGUCAGUGAUAACAGUUUUACCAUCAACGCUUUGACUGAGGAUUUAACUAAACAAGCUAUUAGGCGCGCUUCAGAUUCUACAGUGAUUAAGCAAUCUUCUAACAGCCAAUAUCCCAUUGAAGCCCGCCAGGCAAGAUUCAAGAAAAGAAGCCUCCUAGGCAAGCUAAGGACAUCAAAGAUUCGUGUCAGCGAGGCGGAUCAGAAGAACAAGAUCUACCCAGAUGCCGACAGCUCAAGCCAUUCCCUGUCUGCCUCCGAGGCAAUGUUUCAGUCCAGUUCUAACCUAGACUCUGGGAAUUCAUUCUGCAGGUCAAGCUCCAAGGUAGGGAAAGUCACUUGUGAGCAUAAAGAGAUACCCGCAUGUCUCGAUGCUGAGUCCUGGGCUGGACAGAACAAUGAUAUAGUUACGAUUAGAGUGACCAAAUCCUUGUCGCAGUCAAAUGCUGUAUCUCAGCCUUCAGAUAUUCUGCGGCGGAGUUCUGUGCCUGAAAGUAGCACUUAUGUUUUGGAAGGUCGACUUAGUACACAGUGUUAAAUAGUUAUUCAACAUUGUCUGACAGAUCGACCUUUUGAUUUUAUGUCAAAUUCAUUUAAACUUUUUUCCCUUCAACCUACUUCAAAUGUAGGGUCUGAAAUGUAGGUCAUGCACUAAGUCAAAACUUUUGUGUCUAAUGAUCUUUAUUUUAGAGAACAGUCAAUAGUGGACGAGUUGUCUCCCUUGCCGUAGUGUGCCACAGGCAAUUUUGAACAUUCAGGUUUGACUUUUAAAUAUCAAUUUCCACUUUUAUCUUUUAUGUCUAUUAGUUCCAUAUAGUCUUACUUAUUGGACAUAAAGCCUGAGCAGUUCUUGCUAACGGCAAUAGUUGGGAACAGUCGAGUCAAAGAACAUUUUAGAUUUGUUUCUUGCUUUAUCCAAAAUUUUUAGUUCAAUGUUCAUUUUUUAGCGGCCCCCGAAAGGGGAAAAUACGCUAUUAGUUUUGUCAAUCUGUCCGUCCGUCCGUCCCGUUUAGAUCUCAGAGACUAGAAGAGAAAAUGAAAAAAUAACGUUUCAAAAAUAACGAACUACAUUUGUAGCGCGCUGUUUUGGCAUAUCCUCAUUAUAGGGGCCUAACAGUCUAAAUAAGACUAAAUAGA